AGUAGAGUUCACAAACAAAAUAACAACCAUAUUUCAUUGCUGUUUACUGAUUCUUCACGUAUUUACUGUGCUUUAUGUCCAGGAAAAAGCUAUAAGAAUCUACAAGGGCUAAGUCAACAUGAAUCACUGAUCUACUCUAAUUAUAAUAUUUCUUGGGCUGGUUUAAUGCCUCAACCACCUGAAGCAAUUUCUGAAUUUAAGAAAACACUAGUAUUUUUAAUUCAAGACAAAUUAAAAAAGGGUGUAGCAACGAAAUCAAUAUGUAAAUGUAUCAUGCUUGGAAAUGUGGUAGGAGUGUAUGAAACCUUAGAUCAAAUCUUUAAAGAUUCAAAUUGGGAUGUACAUGAAUAUAAAAAUCAACAACAAACCUGUGUAAUUUUAGUAUCUCAAGAUACAAAUCAAAUACAACCAAAAAUGGAAAUUCAAUGGAGACAUAGACAAAUAAAAGAUGAAGUAACCAUGUUUCAGAAGCAG